AUCCAAACAAACAGAGCGUAAGAGGAAAAUGUGAGAAAGCAGGGGUAAUUUGGAAACCGGAAAUGUCAUCAUUACUCCGUCGGAGAAACGCUCUACUCUCCAUUUACUGUCGGAGCAAUGGGUACAACAAGGCUAGUGGACUCACAUCGCCGCCUCCAAUUCAAGUUGGGUUUACUGAGUCAUCCGGUCGAGGUGUGUUUGCCACUCGGAGAAUCGGUGCUGGCGAGCUCAUCCACACUGACAAACCCAUCCUUUCUCACCCUUCUCUUUCUUCACUUCAUACCGUCUGUUAUUUCUGCCUCAGAAAUGUAUCAUCAAAUGUUCCCUUUUGUAGUGACGAAUGUAGAGAACAAUCCAAGAUCUUUUACGAGACAGAAAAGCAAGCAGAUUGGUCACGUUUUCAUGACUACUGUCGAACUCAUGGCCUAAAGUAUCCACUUCUGGUCAAGAGAUUGGCUUGCACGAUUAUAUCUGGAGCUGCCACUCCCGAAACUCUUGACAUACUUCAGCCAGCAACAUUAUCCUCCGAAAUGAUUUUACUGAUGGAGAAGGAAUAUCAGCUACUGAGAAGCACAUUUGAAGAUGCAGGGUUCACAGAUGAGCAGAUUGCAUUUUUGUCAAAGAUGUGGUAUAUUGAUGUAUUGGCACGAAUCCGUAUCAAUUCUUUUCGGAUUGAAUUGGCCUUGGGAUCGUUUGAAGAUAUCCUUUUGUCAGCAGCAGCAACAGUAGAAGCAGAGGCUGCAGUUGGAAAUGCUAUUUAUAUGCUAUCAUCAUUUUAUAAUCAUGACUGUGAUCCCAAUGCACACAUUUUGUGGAUAGAAAGUGUGAACGCAAAAUUGAAGGCUCUUCGUGAUAUUGAAGCAGGGGAGGAGUUGAGGAUAUGCUACAUUGAUGCAAGCAUGGAUCGUGAUGCUCGCCAUGCUAUUCUUUCUGAAGGAUUUGGUUUCCAUUGCAAAUGUGCUCGAUGUAUGUCCAAUGACUAGAAAAUAGCAGAUUGAGGUUAUCUGCAUUCUACUUCCGAAAGAGCGUCUAAUCUUUAAAAAUAAUAACAAUAUAUACAUCUAGGAUCAUGAUAAAAAAAAAAAUAAUCAGAGCUUGUAUUUUAUUCAUUUUAUUUUGAUGACAUAUAAUUCUCAAGUUCACUGAGGUACGAUGCGUAACUCAGUUGAUAAUGAAUUACUUUUAAAAACGGGCUCAUAUAUACAUGCAGGCUUUACUUAGUGGGAUUGUUUGUGACAUACGACCAUGAAUUACUUUGAAUAUAAGUUAUAUUCAAAAAUUUGGUGACUUGUAACAAUGUUUGUUGAAUAAUAUCACCUAGAAAGUCAAAAUCGAUUUUCUACUUUUUGAAUUUCAA